AUGGAUUCCAACGCCAGCACGGCUCGGAUCCGUCCCAACGCGGGCGCGCCAGAGCCAUCCCUCGACGCCUUGGAAAAGAACCCAUCGCAAUUGGAAAAAGGACAAGGAAAUGGAACGACAGAUGACGCAGAAAAGCCGAAUACGGACCCGAACCAACUCACAAAGACGAGGCGAUUUAAAGAAUUUCACCGUCGCGUCCGUGGUAAACACGUAGAACACGUCCCGACGCUCAAAGAGAGUCUUAUUGCGACGACUUUUGUGACCAAGAUCAACCUCGCUCUUAUAUUCGUCGUCUUGUCCUGGGUAUCUCAUUACCUCCACUGGGAUUCCCGAGCGACUUUUGUUUUGUCGUUCCUCGCCUUGAUUCCCCUCGAGAAGCUUCUUCAGUUCUGCUCGAAGCAAUCAAUGCUGUAUUUGGGUCACUCGAUUGGAGAUCUCGUCAAUGUCACCCUCAUGAAUGCCGUCGAAGCUAUUCUCGCCAUCCUUCUUUUGAAGCGAGACUGCAAGUUGAAGCUGCUUCAGGGAACCAUCAUCGGUGUCAUCAUUCUCCAACUUCUCCUAGUACCAGGAGUUGCCUUUGUUGCUGGUGGCAGUCGCAGGAUGCAACAGGAACUUCAUGCGAGCCACACUCAGCUCAACCAGAGCAUGAUGACGAUGGGUGUGAUGUGCUUGGUGAUUCCGUCUGCCUUCUUUGCGGGCAUAACACCCAUUGGCGCGACUUCGCCGGAGCAAGUUGUCACUGACGAAGUACGGAGCACCAUUCUCAAGUUUUCCCGAGGAAUGGCUAUCAUCAUGCUGUUGGUCUACAUUGCAUCGCGAAUUUACGCGAUCAACCCUCCAGGGGAUGAGAAUGCUGGAGACUUUUACGCCGACCACGGAGGACAUGAAGCCUUCAAAGAGGAGGAGGACCGUCUUAAGAAAGAACAACCCAAGGUUUCGCCAUGGUUCUGCUUUGGCUUGCUGGUGUUCUUGGUCGUCAUCAUCGGAUUCACUGCAGAAUGGCUUGUACACAGCAUUGAAAGCGUCAGAGAGGGUGCGAAUAUCCAAGAAGAGUGGUUUGGUCUCAUCCUUAUUCCGAUUGUGUCAUUCAGCGGAGAUGGUCUCGUGACCUUUACGUAUCUCGUUCGCAAAACCAUCUUCCAUAAUGGAGAAGCCCCGCACGCAUUGGCAGAUGCUCAACCGAUCGACCUUGCCAUCCAGUUUACGCUCUUCUGGACGCCACUAUUCGUCCUCAUUGGAUGGUGGAUAGGAAAGCCACUGCCACUUCUCUUUGACAUCUUCGAGGUUGUCAUUCUCCUCGCUGCAGUCUUUGUCGUCAACUAUAUCGUCAACGAUGCCAAGACAAAUUGGAGUGAAGGAUUCACAAUGAUCUGCCUAUAUAUCGUGAUUGCCUUAGUCGCAUGGUUCUACGAUGGACAAGCGUUCUUUGAGACAUUCUUUGGUUGCGUCGGUCACGUCGUCCAUGCUGCCGUUACAGGCGAGGCUGGCAAUUCGACGACCACAGCUGGAAGUAGUGGCGGUGGUCAUUAA